AUGGCCUGGAUUUCCACUAAAUCAUCCUUAUUAGUUCUAAUUUCAAUUUUUACAAUUGUCAUAUCAAGAACAACAAUAGCAAGUGAUCCAGACAUCCUUUCAGAUUUCGCGUCCCCUGAAAAUCAAACCUCUGUUGAUGGCAAUUACUUCACAUACACCGCGAUGCGCGGUAUAUUUCAAAAAUCAGUAGAUAAAUGUACUACAACAAAGGCUACAAAGGCAGAGUUUCCAGUUCUUGAUGGUCAAGGAGUGUCACUAGCUGUGCUUCAAUUCCCUCCAGGUUCUGUGAACCCGCCUCACUACCAUUCUCGUGCAGCUGGACUUUUCCUCCUCCUGGAAGGCGUUUUAGAGGUUGGUUUUGUCGAUACGAAGGGUGUUCUGUAUACUCAGAGACUAAAAGCAGGGGAUAUUUUUCUGUUUCCUAAAGGACUACAACAUUAUCAGUAUAAUUUUGAUUAUAAGAGAAAAGCAGUUGGUGUAGCUGCUCUUGGUAGUGCUAGUCCUGGAACUGUUACAUUGCCAUCAUCAAUUUUUAAUAGUGGAAUUAGUGAAUUGGUACUUGCUAAGUCAUUUAAGACAGAUGUUAAGACGAUUAAGAAGAUCAAAGAAGCAACCACAACACCCUGAUAUCACUCUCCAGUUGUCAGAGGCAGAUUCAAGAUUUAAAUUUGAUACGUUCAAUUUUUAAGAUUCUAAGCGUUGUAUUCAUUGUAGUGUAAGCUUAUGGGUUCAGAUCUAGUGUUUCUUGAUGCAUUUCUAUACUCCAUGUCGAAAGUUAUGGAUUCAGAUUAUUCUGUAGUCAAAAAGGCUACAUUUGUCCCCACAUAUUGUACUACUAUCAUUUUUUA